CUUAUUAUUUUUACUUUUUUUAGUUUUCUAAUAAUAUAUGCUUUUCGCCUUUUUUGCUUGAUUGGCUUAGAUUUAGCGUGCGCGAUUUUACAUACUAGGUAAUUAAAAGAAAAUAAAAAAAAGCGUCGUCUCAGCUAUGCUGAUCCAGGGCCGUACAUUAGCUAUAUUUUUACUUUUUAAUUUUCUUUUCCUCCUUUUAGUACAAAUUUUUACCCAUUUUAUAAAUUUUCACUACAAGUGAAAAAGAUAUUUCAGAACAAAUUAAUGCUAAUUUAGUACUUCUUUUGUGAAACAGGCUUUCUUCAUUCUAAUUAUUACAAAGUUUUUACCUAAACAUUUAUCCUCAUUUUUACACCUGUGACCUUUUUUGCACACGAAGUUUGUUUGAAUUUGAAUGAAAAAAUUACUGAAAAUAGGAAGGCCUAGAAAUUUUUUAGACCAAUGCAUUAUUAUUUUUUGUUAUACAUCAAUUAUAUUUUUGUUGUCAGUCGAUUUAUCCUAUCAACAACAAUGGUUUUAUUUAAUUCCUGGCAUGCAACAACCCCAGCAACAGCCACAACAAUUUCAGUUUGCCUAUUCCCCAGAAUUUCAACAAUUUAGACUACAACCUUUCCAACAACAAGUUAAUAAUGACAUUCCUUCAUUUCAACAAACAACAUUACCUUCCCAAUUUCAACAACAAGGAUUUCAACAAUCUCCACAACAAGAAUCCUUCAAUCAUCAUCAACAACAACCAUCUAACGGACAAACGUUUUUACAACCUCAGCUUCGACAAGAAACUAGCACAGUUUUCUACAAUAAUAAUCAACAGAAAUUAAAUAAUGCUCAAUUAAAUCAACAAUUUGUACCUCAACAAUCUUUUCCUCAAGGCACUCAUUUUCAACAACAACAUCAUCUAUUAAUGCACACUUCUUCGCCUAAUGAAUUUCAGGAACAAUUGCCUGAAUUGAUUAAACCUCCAAAUAUGAUGGGAAGCGCUUCAAGCGAGCAAAAGCAUUUACAUAGGGAGCAGCAACAGCCGGUUCAACAACAUCAAUUACUUCCUCCACCCUUAGCUCCUCCACAAUGGGCAUUACAACAAUCACAGCAGCGCUUCCAGAUACCUCAACAACAGCGUGCUCGUGUUGUGCAUAUUCAGCCUGUUCAGAUUGGUCAAAAGGAAUUUCUUAAAAUGUUACCAAACGAAUUACAAGGUGGACAACCACAACAAUUAAUUACAACAACAAGAAAAACAACAAUACCAGCAUUAAUUACAAAACAAAGAAAUAAACAACAAAGGCCAAUGAAAGUUGGAGAAACAAACAAAAAAGAAUUAAUUCAAACAAAUGUGGAAUUUGAUCUACCUCCACCACCUCCAUCUAGAUUUUUACCUGAAAGUGAAAAAGUUAGAAUUUCUGAAUUAAUUCGACAAAAUAAAUUAUUAAAAAAUAUUGCAAUACAAGAGGAAGGGAAAGAAUUAAUUACUCCAGUUACUUCAUUCCCAACAUUGGUUUAUACUAAAAAAUUACUUCCAACUUCAACAAUACCACCACCAACUAAACUUCCCAAAAAAUUGACAACACAAUCUUUUUCACAUAAAAAAGAUGCUAAUAAAGUUUUUCUUGAUUGUUGUAAAAGAAAAAGAGUCGCCAAAUCAUGUGAAAGUCGUUGUAAUUUUGAUGUUUUAAAUAAAAAAAUAUUGACAAGUAUGUUUCUUGGAAGUGAUAAAUGUCCAACAGAAUUUGGAUUAGAUUUAUUUACAUGUGCAGCACAAGAUUCUGACCACAGUUCUUGUUGUAAAUCUAAAAAUGUUCAUUCUACGGCUGCAGGAGACAAAUGUUUGGCUUUUUGUAAUUUGGCUCCAGAUGCACCAAAAAUUCAAUUAGAUGCCAGUUAUUUACCGUGUUGGGCUGUACUUAAUGAAGUUAAAUCUUGUUUUCGAGAGGGUAUAAACAAAACUUUUUAAUUUUUUAUAUAUUUUUAAAUUUAAUUUAGGCAUUUAUUUUAAUUUUAUAUCAGAUAAAAUAUUUUUUUGUUCAAAGAACUUAAAGUUUUGGUCUUUGGCCCAUUACUAAAAAUACAAUUAGGGUCAUAAAAUUGAAAAAGGAAUUUUUCCAACGAGAUGUUAAAUUUGUGUUUUUGCAGACUGCCAAACAAUGACCUUGGGGAAAACCUAAUUUUAUUUUAAGACUGCACAUUUUUGUUGGGGUUUUGGUUGGCAACUUAUUAGGUUAUUUUUGUUUAGAGGAAAAGGGAAAGAGGAAAUUCCUUUAUUUAAUUAAUUUUAUAAUAUUUAUUUUCCUCAAAACUUUUUCUUUAUCAAACAAUCUUUUAUUUAUUUUUGUAAAUCUUCAUUUUUUAGGUAAAUCUUCACCCGGAACCUCUC